ACCAAACCCCUAACAACCCCACCUUCCUUUCCCAACACAGGAGCGUACCAAACCGACCGUUGUCACUCUCUUUCCUCCACCACUCUCACUGUUCCUCCCAAGAAAAACCUUGAAAGGCCCUCUUUGCUUCCACAAAGAGGCCUUUUCACAAACACCCACAUCGCAAAAAACACCCAAUUUGGAUCAAACCUGCAAGAACUACAGUUUUUUUUUUUUACAGAUUUUGAAGCUGAAACAAAACAACCCACAAAAAAAAAUGGAUUCGAAUCAGAGAAGAAAAAGUGGGAUUAAUCUCCCAUCUACAAUGUCUCAAACCUCGUUACGCCUCGAAACAUUUUCGGGUUCUUCUCCUUCGUUUCAAUCAACAUCGAAUUUGCCUUCGCCGUUGGCAAUGUCACCGAGGACUAUAUCGAAUUUAUCUUCGCCAUCAAAGUCUGUGACAUGUAGUGACAGGUUUAUUCCAUGUAGAUCUUCGUCGAGGCUUCACACUUUCGGGCUUAUAGACAAGGCAUCCCCGGUGAAAGAAGGAGGAAACGAGGCUUAUUCGAGGUUGUUAAAGUCUGAGCUUUUUGGGUCUGAUUUUGGCUGUUUUUCUUCUCCUGCAGGUAAGGGGUCGCCGAUGAGUCCGAGCAAGAAUAUGCUGAGGUUUAAGGUGGAUGAUUCGUGUCCGAGUUCGCCGUAUUCGCCUUCGAUCUUGGGGCAGGAUAGUGGGUUGUCUGGUGAGGUUUCGACACCGCCCAAACCGCCUAGGAAGGUGCCCAAGACACCCCAUAAGGUAUUAGAUGCGCCAGCACUUCAAGAUGAUUUCUACUUGAACCUUGUUGACUGGUCGUCGCAGAAUGUCCUUGCUGUCGGAUUGGGAACUUGUGUUUAUCUAUGGACGGCAACAACCAGCAAAGUAACAAAGUUGUGUGACUUGGGACCUAAUGAUGGUGUGUGCUCAGUCCAGUGGACACGAGAGGGUUCAUACAUAUCAAUUGGUACAAGUCUUGGUCAAGUUCAGGUUUGGGAUGGGACUCAGUGCAAGAGGGUUCGAACAAUGGGUGGUCACCAAACAAGAGCCAGUGUUUUGGCGUGGAGUUCGCGAAUACUAUCAUCUGGAAGCAGAGACCGAAACAUACUUCAGCAUGAUCUCCGUGUGUCUACUGACUUUGUUAGCAAGCUUGUUGGACACAAAUCAGAGGUUUGUGGGUUGAAGUGGUCUCAUGAUGACCGGGAACUUGCAUCGGGUGGCAAUGAUAAUCAGCUUUUGGUCUGGAAUCAACAUUCUCAGCAGCCAAUACUAAAACUUGCAGAGCACACUGCCGCUGUAAAAGCCAUUGCCUGGUCACCCCACCAGAAUGGCCUUCUUGCAUCUGGGGGUGGAACUGCUGACCGGUGCAUUCGCUUCUGGAACACUAUGAAUGGCAAUCAAUUAAACAGUGUCGACACAGGGAGCCAGGUAUGCAAUCUAGCAUGGAGUAGGAAUGUGAAUGAACUAGUUAGCACCCAUGGCUACUCCCAAAAUCAAAUUAUGGUGUGGAAGUAUCCAUCAUUGGCGAAGGUUGCAACUCUAACUGGCCAUAGUUUGCGGGUUCUCUAUCUUGCCAUGUCACCUGAUGGUCAGACAAUAGUGACUGGAGCAGGGGAUGAGACACUGCGGUUUUGGAACAUCUUCCCAUCCAUGAAAACCCCGCAAUGGCUUCCUCUUCUCGUUCAGGCACCAGUGAAGAAUACAGGACUUUGGUCAUUAGGAAGAACUCAUAUUCGAUGAUAAAAUCCUUGCACAGUUGGACAAAACCUAUUUUUUUCGAUUAAUUUGUAAAUAAAUGGAGAGAAAAUUUUGUGUGCAUUGAUCCAAAGUAUAAAAGAAGGUAGCAGAUUUUUCUUCUUGCAACAAGUAUUGAACAGGUUAAGAAUUACUUGCAUAAAUUUGGAAAUUGUAAAGUAUUUACUUUAAGGUCCUUUGAGGUUACAGACACUAGUAUGUGUAGAUCUUGUACUUCAAUUUUAUACAGUUCCAACAUAUAUAAAAUAAACUUUCCCA